AUGUCGCUCGUCAACCUGAAGCUCCACCAGCUUCUGGAGACGUCUCCGUACUCCACGCAAGAGCAGAUUGACCAGGCGUUUCUCAACAAGACUCUCUACAGCUUGCAUCAUCUGGAGUCCCUGUCAGCCGUCAGUUACGCCUACCAGAUUCUGAGAGACCCCCAAACUCGAGAACUGUACAACAACACGGGUGAUUCUGUGCUUCCCAGUCUCAAAGAGGGAACCGAACAUCCUGUGACUUUCGUCGAGUCGUGUUUUGCUGCAUUUCAAGAGUCCGAGUUUGUGGGUCAAGUGCCCAUCUUCCAGCUCUUACUGGAGUGUCGCGAGGCCCACUUUCAGUCUAAACUGUGGCCAUUCAAAAAGAGCAAGAAGGAGGACAAGUCUUUCCCCCUGGACGCUGCUCUGGUGACCGAGGUGCUCAAACAGUUCUUCCCCGUAUCUUCUCACCAACAGAUUCUUCUUGAUUCUCAACUCAAUGGAACCACUAAAGACAUCCAGAAACAAGUUGAGUGGUUCACACAGCUGCUGAUGGUGGAUCUGGACGGAGAUAGUGAAGAAAUCAAGACGGAUAAGACGUGGCACAAAUGUCGAAAGGCCGGAAUGCCGUCGUUUGGCUUCUCAGAGAAGUUUGUGGCGAAUAUUCAGACCAAACUGGACGACGUUCUACAGAACAAACGGGCCUUCACAGCCGAUCUCAUGCGGGCUACAGGGUUCAGUCUAGCCUAUGAAGCUGAAUACUACAGAAGACACUGGCUACGAGCAUUCUUCUACUACGUGGGCGAAAAGAGCGAAAGUACCAUGGCUAUCAAACGAGGACUCAAUCGAAUCGAACGAUGUGCUUCAUACUGGAAACGAGCCAAGAUCUCGGAGGCUGACGAGGUCAAUAUGGUCUACACCUGGGCCUUUUACACGUCGUUCAAACAUACCUUUGACUACGCAUCCCAGAUUGUCAACACGGUUCUCAAAUCGUUCAACAAGAUCAAGUCUUCGCCCACACUACACGUCCAGCUCUCCUACCGAAUGUGGGAGAUUGGUGCUCACAUGUACCAGGCUGCCGGUAUCGCUGAUUUCGGAGUGACCAAUCCCGUGAUUGCAAACGUCGUCACAAAGACAGCUUACAUUGAGUAUUUCUUUGCAAACCGAGCUCUCCCGUCUGACCUGAAGCCAUUCGAUUACAACUUCUUCACAUCUGAAUUCGACGGCAGGUUCGUUAUCGACACUGUUCUCAAAGCAGGAAAGAUGGAAGCAAGAAGCGCCGGAAACUUCGGACGCAACCAGAAUACUCAGUCAUCCAGUGGUAUCAACUUUGGAGAAGACCAGUCGCCUGCAAACACGAAGACAACGAACGACUUCUCUGACGAUCCUCCUCCCUUUGAAGAGAACAAUAAGGGAGCAGGCUUCUCCUUCGGUUUCAAGGGAUGCAAAGAUUAG